AUGACUAGCCGCAGUGCGGGCGAGCACGCGUGCGGCGUGUGCGGACAGCGCUACCGCACCUACCGCUCCAUGGUGUCCCACACUAAGGUGCACGAGGGUCUAACCAUGUGCCCGCUGUGUGGCCGCGUCUCCAACAACGUGCCCGACCUGCGCAAGCAUCUCGCCCAGGUGCACAAGCUCACGGCCGAGCAGGUGCUGCAGAUCGUGCCCGACCGGUUCUCUUGCGCCACGUGCGGGCAGGUGUACCGCACGCCGGGCUCGCUGUCAAACCACCAGGACAAGCACCGCGGCCUCACCUCCUGCCCGCUCUGCGGCAAGGUGGUCAGCAUCGUGCCCUCGUUGCGGAAGCACCUGCGGAACGUGCACCAGCUCAGCCCCGACCAAAUCCUGCGGCUGGUGCCAUCAAGGAAGUGA